AUGCCUCCCUCUGCGCAGACGAAGAAGCUGCUCCUCGAUGGCUCGCUCUUCAUCCUGUCCCAAGUGGCUUUCUACUAUGCGUUCAAGGUCGUCAUGAACCAGAUGGACCCGCAGAAGUCGAAGCGGAAGGAGUCCAAAGCCAAAUCAAAGGAGGCGCUGGGCAAGCUGGGCGUCGACCUGUCGACGCUCGAGCUGAGCGAGCACGAGGAGAUCAUCGCGGGCGAGGUGGUGGCGCCGGAGGAUAUCCAUGUCACUUUCAGCGACGUCGGUGGACUGGAUCCCAUCAUCUCGCAGCUCCGCGAAGCCGUCAUCUUCCCUCUCUGCUAUCCUCAGCUCUUCGAAUCUUCCGCGGGACUGUUUGGUGCGCCAAAGGGAGUCUUAUUGUACGGUCCUCCGGGUUGCGGAAAGACGAUGUUGGCGAAGGCUUUGGCACGGGAAUCAGGCGCUACCUUCAUCAACAUGCACGUCUCGACCCUGACAGACAAGUGGUUCGGCGAGUCGAACAAGCUCGUCGCCGCCCUCUUCUCCCUCGCGCGAAAACUCCAGCCGUCCAUCAUCUUCAUCGACGAGAUCGACUCGUUCUUGCGGGAGCGGAGUCGGGCAGAUCACGAGGUGACGGGAAUGAUGAAAGCCGAAUUCAUGUCGAUGUGGGACGGCCUGACAACAACAAACGACACCCGCAUCCUCGUCCUUGGCGCGACGAACCGCCCGAACGACAUUGACUCUGCGAUCCUCCGCCGGAUGCCGAAACGAUUCUCCAUCAAGCUGCCCGAUGCGAGCCAGCGACGCAAUAUUCUCCAGCUCAUGCUGAAGGACAUCAAGCUCGACAAGGGAUUCGAUUUGGAGGGACUGGUGCGGAAGACAGAUGGGCUCAGCGGGAGUGACUUGAAGGAGGCGUGUCGAAAUGCGGCGAUGGUCCCCGUCCGGGAAUACAUGCGCCAGAACCUCGGUACCGGCGGCCAGAUCGACGUCGAGAAAGUCAAGGCCGGCAAGUUCAACAUCCGCCCCUUGCGGCUGUCGGACUUCUUCGUCUCGGACUAUGCGCAGACGGGGACGGGCGGGGCGAUGGAGCAGGAAGGGUUGGAUUGA